GUUUUAUUCGGGAUAUUUUGAGAUCGAUUCUCCUUUCUCCUUUUUAUAUAUUAUAUUAUAUUAUAUUAUAUGACGACGACGACAGUGUUCAGGGAUGAAAUCGAUGUAAAAUGGGGGAUGUUUUAAUGUCAAAACCGGUGGUUGAUGAUAGAAUAAAUAUGUAAAACGAGGGAAACAACAAUAUGGGAAUUAGUUACAUGGGAAUUAGUUACAUGUUACGAGGAGCUAGCAGCACAGUCGCUAUUUUUUUAUGAUUAAUUUUGGUUAUUACGGCUUUUAACCUAAAAUCGUAGAGCUCGUUCGAAAUAUUUGAUUAAACAUUAAAUUGAAUACUUUUUUUGUCAUUGCUUAAGAUGCAUCAAUCCGGGUAAUUGAGGAGCUGUUAACAUUCUUAUUGGAUUUGGUAUUGAUAAUAAAAGAUUAUAAAAAUGGCAGUGAUGGACUUUUUUGGCUGUGCACUCUUGGCGUUUGGGCCACCCUUGGCAAUGUUCACAUUUACAGUGUCAGUGGAGCCAAUUCGAAUAAUUAUUUUGAUAGCCAGUGCAUUUUUUUGGUUGAUAUCGCUGCUGCUAUCAUCCAUUUUGUGGUAUGCUGUGGUCCCCCUGCAUAAACAUCUUGCCUUCGGUCUGGUAUUCUCUGUGCUCUUUCAGGAAGGAUUUAGGUUUCUUUUGUACUGCGUUCUCAGGAAAGCAGAAAAGGGUUUGGAGAAGGUGACGACAGCUCACGUGGCAAACAGUAGACACAUAUUUGCAUACGUCUGUGGUUUGGGUUAUGGAUUCAUGAGUGGAGCAUUUGCCCUAGUAAAUGUCCUAGCUGACUCCGUUGGUCCAGGAACGAUGGGUCUCCGUCAAGGCCACGAGUACUUCUUCAUGUUAUCAGCCGCCACUACCCUGUGCUUCAUUCUCCUCCAUACCUUCUGGGGCAUUGUAUUCUUCUCAGCAUUGGAUAGAAAAAAUUGGGGACAACUCGUUUGGGUCAUUUGCUCACACUUAUUCGUAUCAUGUAUAACGUUGUUGAAUAAAUUGGAUAUAUCUGGUGCUAGCCUGCUGGUAGCAUACACUGUACUCACCAUCACUGCAAUUCUAGCAUUCAGAGUUGCAGGCGGUAGCGUUAAGAACAUUCCCAUGUGUUUUUCAAGACGCUGAAUAGUCCUAACAGUUUGGAGAAUUCAGGAUAAAGUGGACACAACAUUCACUAUUUGUGAUUGGAUAGUUAACAAAGAGAGGUAAAAAGUGUCUCUUAAUAUUAUCAGAAUAUUGCCCAUUUAUUGGUAUGUCUCACGAUUUAUGGACAAUCUAAUGCUCAGAAGAGAGCAUUUCUUAUAUAUUUUACUGAACAGUAUGUGUGAUUAGAGGAGCCUGGAGUUGGAUGUGCAGUCAUUAAAAAAUGUUCUAUUCACAAUUUUUUUACGUAUUUCUAUGUUUAAGGCACGUUUAAAGCAUGUAACAUCUAUCUAACGUAAUAUUUCAUUUCAAUUUUAUCUUGAUAGUGUAAAAUAUUUAGCAAAUGAGCAAAUAGGAACCACAGGGAAUGUUGAAACAAAAAUUUAAAAAAUGCCUUCUUUUGAUUGUAAUUGGAAUUCCAUCGUGAACUAAAACGGCGAAUCAGAUUUCAUAUCCAUUUUACUUCGAAUGUAAAUGAAUGAAUAAAAAUAAAAAUGAAUUUUAAUUAUUUAUUUAUAUUAUGCCAGGAGACAGAUUUUGUGGAAUAGCAGCUUGGCAUAUGUCAAGGAUUUCAUAAUAAAAUCAUUUUUUUUCUUUAA